AUGAAUUUAGGCGAACGGUGUAACCUGGCGUCGGAGAUAAGACGCCUAGUCUUAGAUCUCGACGAUGAAGGGGUAGGAGGGGUGUUACUAGGCAGGACCAUCUGGCGAAAUGUGUGA